AUGAACGCCCAAGCUAUCACUUCGUCCGUCUCGCUCGGGCUGAGCUCUUUUGCUUAUGCUGACGAUCACGCAGUACUCGCGUCUGUCGUGCACAUUGCUUGGCGAGUCAGGCUGAUGACGUAUGGUUCAGCCGGCAACGUGAUCACGGUCAAGUUGAUCGAUUGGCUCGUGCAUACGGACAACUCGAAUCAUGGUCGAUUCGAGAUCGAAGCACGCGAGGAUGGCACAUCGCAAUCGAACUGGUCCGCACUUGCGCAAGUAUGCUGCACGCCUACAUACACUGUGCGCAUCGAACUAGGGUACGAGCAUGCUUUUUUCGAGGCACCAGAGUGGGAUCGUGAUCUCACUCGUGCUUGCAUGCCCUUGUCGGCGAGCGAUCCCGAGCCGUCUUGCAAGACGUUUGUGCUGCCUGCAACGGAGCACUGCACACUUGCGAUGAGUACCGUCGAAGAGCUCACAGAGGCUGGUUCCACGGGCAUCUGUCUGAUCCAUCCCUCUCUCAUCAUCACAUCUCGAACGAGUCUGUUCUUCUGGUUCCUCAUCCUCGUCUUCGCCGGCGUAGCAUACGAAUACCUGCGGCUCAUCACGCAACGCUACGAUCAAGAUUUGCUCGCUCGCUUGUCGGCAGAAGGAGCGCACAGGCGAGAUCGAUUGGGAGUACCUGGCAAUGGGAGACGAGCAACAAGUCCGCUACUGGGUCAGCCUUCUGACGAUGCAAGUAGCUCGACGAUCAUCCCGUACAAUGCUCAGAUCGCUCGCUCGGCGCUCUAUGUGGCCAAUGUGGCCGUCUCGUUCGCUCUUAUGCUGCUCGUCAUGACAUACAACAGCUACGUCAUCGCGGCCGUCUUGAUAGGCGCUUUUGUCGGCCAUUUGAUCUUCCAGCGCGAUCUCACGCUCAGCAACGACGGCACAGGCAAAGGCAUGGCUUGUCAUUAG